UAUUUCUGCAAUGCUGAUGCAGCCCAUAGUGUCAUAGUUAUUCUGGAUUCAUUUACAUGGUAUCUAGGCAUAUGGGGAUAUGUAGUAAAAAUCAGUGAUCUUUCCUCCAUUACCUUUUCUUCACAUGCCUUCUCUACUUGGGCCCUCUACUACAUUUCUUUUACUUAACUGCCAGCUUUGGAAUUCUGUUGCUUGAAGCUUCUGCAUAUCAUGUUACCAUAGUGCUCUUGCUGAAAACCAACACAGAGUUGCUAAAGAUUUAUAUAUCCUUGAUCCAAAUGAUGAUGGUGGUGGUGGUGAUGAUGAUGAUGAUGAUUUCUUACCUGCCUCUCCCCAUGAAUCAAGAUAAAUUUUACCUGCAUCUUAACUUCCAAAUCCUCUUAAUGAGAAGUGAUAAUAGAGAAAUUAUCAUUCAUGGGUAUUAUGGUCCAUGAUUAAAACAAUGGAAAUCUACCUACCUGCAACUUAACAUUGUUAGACCAAGUUCAACCCUCUGGGGUAGAAGAGAACAAGCCUGUACUCUCCUCUCUGUAACAAACCUUGAAGUGUAACUGGAAUGUACAUAACUAAGAUGGAGAGUAGCCUGCCAAUAUGUUUUCUUGGAGACAUACUAUACAUCAAAUACCAACAUCCUGGUGGAGAUUCUCCUGAAGUCACAAACUCAGUUAAGGGAGAAGAUUUGUCACCUAUUAGCAAUCAGCAACAUAUUGGAGAAAAACCUCACGAUGAAUACACAGAAUUUCCAAAAAUGGUAAGAACAGCAAGAUCUUUGCCAUCACGUGGAAGACGCCCAAGAGGAGCACGAUCAGCUCAUAUUAGACGCCAACAAAUGUCAACACUUGGAGAAGAAGAAGGUCCCUUUUCAGAUAGAACCGUCCGGAGAGCUUUUGUCAGAAAAAUAUACCUCAUGUUGACAGUUCAGCUUGGCUUCACUGUUGGUAUAAUAUGCUUGUUCAUCUACUGGAAAUAUCUUACAAUAUGGGUACGUAGGCGACCAUGGUUUUGUUAUACCCUCUUACCAGCAAUCUUGAUACUGGCUAUUGCUUUAGCCUGUUGUGAUCAUGCCCGCAGAAAAUUCCCACUGAACAUCAUUUUGUUAUUUAUAUUUACUGUUCUUCAAGGUACCUUGCUUGGAUCAAUUGCAGCCUUCUUUGAUGCAGAAGCUGUGAUGUGGGCUGUUGGUGCCACUACAUUUAUAACGUUUGGAUUGUCUGUCUUUGCUCUUCAGACAAAAUGGGACCUUACCAUUACAUCAGGAGUGUUGUUAAUUUUACUUUUUAUAUUAUUAAUUUUUGGAGUUCUUGGUGCCAUCUUCCAAACAAUAUUGCUACGUUUAAUAUAUGCUGGAGUUGGAACACUAUUUUUUGGCAUAUAUCUGUUGGUGGAUACACAACUAAUGCUGGGAAAGAAGCACCACUACCGCCUGCAACCUGAUGACUAUAUUUUUGCAGUACUGAAUGUCUACAUUGACAUUAUCAAUAUGUGCUUGUUUGUAUUACAAUUUAUUGGUUUUAUGAAGUGAGAAGUAUGUUAGCUCAAUAAAGAGGAUUGCUACAGAAGGUGCGUAAGCGGAAGUCUGGAAAGCACUUGGAGGGGAAAAAAUAGACCAUCGUGAAUUAAGGAAGCAAAUAGCCUGCCCACAAAUAUAGUUAUAAAACUAGACAUUGGGGUAGGAUUGUACUUACAUUAAACUUACUGCAUAUGUAUUUUUGUUUAUAAUGUAUUAAAACUUUGUAUGAAGAUUUAAUAUGGUGGUGUGCAAGUUUGAAAACUUGAACACAAGCAUGAAUGUAAUUUGAAUAAAUGUUCUACAGACAAUUUCAGAACAUAAUCUGAAACAAUUUAGUUUUCAAAUUCAGGCCAAGCCUAUGUAUCAGGUGGCCUUAUGU